AUGCUUUCUGAGGAAAACAUCGUCUUCAACAUAUCAGCUGACUAUCGGCUGGUAAGCCUCCUGGGGGAGGGUGCUUACGGAGUGGUUGCGCUGGCGCUUCACAAACCAACAGGCACUAAGGUUGCUAUUAAGAAGAUCAAUCCAUUUGAACGGCCUCUGUUUUGUCUGAGAACUUUACGUGAAAUAAAGAUCCUCAAGCACUUCAAGCACGAGAACGUCAUCCAGCUGCAUGAGGUGCAAAAACCCGCAGACUUCGCUAGCUUCCAAGAAGUGUACUUAAUCCAAGAAUAUAUGGAAACGGAUCUUCAUAAGGUGUUGAGCAGUUCCUCCCAGAUCAGCGAUGAUCAUUGCAAAUACUUCACUUACCAGAUUUUGAAGGCAGUCAAGGCCUUGCACAGUUGCGAUAUCAUUCACCGUGACUUGAAACCAAGCAAUAUCCUGCUGAAUUCGCAGUGCGAUCUUAAAGUCUGCGACUUUGGUCUCGCCCGUAUUCAUAGGGGCUCUCUGGGAAAAGACGAGGCUGCGAAAGAAUCCAAGUUCAGUUUCUUGACAGAAUACGUUGCUACCAGAUGGUACCGUGCUCCUGAGAUAAUGCUGACUUCUUCCCAGUAUUCGAAGGCCAUAGAUAUGUGGUCAAUUGGGUGCGUACUAGCAGAAAUGCUACUAGGAAAGCCUCUAUUCCCCGGGAAAGACUAUAGGCACCAAUUGGUGCUGAUAUUUGAGAUUCUUGGGACCCCUACGGGAGAAGACUAUUAUUCCGUCAAGUCAAGACGGGCCCGUGAGUAUCUCCGCACUCUCAAAUUCUACAAAAAGAUCCCUUUCGAACGGUUGUUUCCUCGGGCUAACCCGCUUGCCGUUGACUUGAUCGAAAAGCUGUUGAUGUUUGAUCAACGCAAACGAAUAACUGUGGAAGAGGCCCUGGAACAUCCAUAUGUAUCGGAAUACCACAACUCCGAGCAAGAACCCUCCGGUGAUCCAAUUCCCAAAGAUUUUUUCUAUUUCGAUGACCACAAGGAGGACUUUGAUAUUUUGGACUUGAAGAGAAUCUUGUAUACCGAAAUAAUGGGUCGUGCGGCUUAA